CUCCCUUCUCUCGGCUUUCAACGGCAAAAGCAAGAAAGAGAGCUGCAAAUCACAAAUCGCCGCCGAUAUUUUCGCCGUCGAAUCGGCAGAUUCCAUACUCCUACUCCUUCAAUUCCUCGGUGCUCUCUCUUUUCGAUCUCUACUCUCUCUUAUCGCGCCGGUGACCUUUUCGAGCUUGGUUUUUUAGGGAUCGUGGCCUUCUCUUUGUGGUAGAUUGAUUGGAUCGGCGUGGAAUUGCUAUGUCGGGGCCGCUUGAUCGAUUCGCCAGGCCCUGCUUUGAGGGCUUCUCUGGUCAUGAUGAACGUAGAGAACGUAAAUCAGAUUUUGAGUGUUCAGAAGAUGAAAGGAGGACACGGAUUGGAUCCUUGAAGAAAAAGGCGAUAGAUGCGUCGAGUAAAUUCAGGCAUUCUUUGAAGAAAAAGAAUAGAAGGAAGAGUGGCAAUCGAGUAACUUCUAUUUCUAUUGAGGACAUAAGGGAUAUUGAAGAUCUACAAGCCGUUGAUGCAUUUCGCCAGGCAUUGAUUUUAGAUGAGUUGCUACCUACAAGACAUGAUGAUUAUCAUAUGAUGUUAAGAUUUUUGAAAGCGAGGAAAUUCGAUAUUGAGAAAGCAAAACACAUGUGGGCGGAAAUGCUUCAAUGGAGGAAGGAGUAUGGUGCUGAUACUAUCAUAGAGGAUUUUGAGUAUACAGAACUAGAUGAAGUUCUGAAGUACUACCCUCAUGGUUAUCAUGGUGUGGACAAAGAGGGAAGACCUGUUUACAUCGAAAGGCUAGGAAAAGUUGACCCCGGCAAACUUAUGCUAGUGACAACUAUGGACCGUUAUGUAAGAUAUCACGUGAAAGAGUUUGAACGGAGCUUUUCGAUUAAGUUCCCAGCUUGCUCAAUCGCUGCAAAGAAGCACAUUGAUUCAAGCACUACUAUUCUGGAUGUUCAAGGCGUGGGAAUGAAAAACUUCAGCAAGACAGCACGAGAACUAAUUAUGAGGUUACAGAAAAUAGAUGGGGACAAUUACCCAGAGACUUUACACCGAAUGUUUAUCAUCAAUGCUGGUCCUGGUUUUAGAUUGCUAUGGAAUUCCGUCAAAUCAUUUCUCGACCCCAAAACUACUUCAAAGAUACAUGUUCUCGGGAACAAGUAUCAGAGCAAGCUGUUUGAAAUAAUUGAUUCUAGUGAAUUGCCUGAAUUUCUUGGUGGUACUUGUACCUGUGCUGACCAGGGUGGAUGCCUUAAGUCUGAAAAGGGACCAUGGAAGAAUCCUAACAUAUUGAAGAUGGUCCUUAGUGGUGAAGCACAAUAUGGCAGGCAAAUAGUUACCGUUUCUAAUGGAGAGGGGAAGAUAAUUGCGUAUGCUAAACCACAGCACCCAGCAAUAAAGGGUAGUGAUACAUCCACAAAUGAAUCUGGUUCCGAAGCUGAAGAUACUAUUUCCCCAAAAUUGUCAAGGAGUUACAUUUCAUGUUCUCGAUUAACCCCUGUUCGUGAAGAGAUGAAGGUUGUUGGGAAGGCUAACGCUAGCUUUUCAGAAUCUACUGAACAUAUUCCCAUGGUUGACAAAGCUGUAGAUGUAGUAGGUCGGAAGAAAGAAGUUUCUAAUCAAAGGUUUCCUUCAUUCAAAGCCAUGCUAAAUGCUAUUUCCCUCGGACCAGGGGCAUUUCCUACGACAGACACCAACAAGCCUCCUGCAGUAGUCUGUUCUCAAGCACUCGGUUUGAUUAUGGCCUUCAUUAUGACUCUAUUCACUCUGCUUCAAUCAGUUUCUCGUUGUGUGACAAAGAUGCUCCCAGGCAAAACUCAGGCAGGUCACCAGAAUCCACCCUUUUCUUUAGACUUAGCUCCAAAGGAGAUCUCCCGUCCCCCAUCACCAGCUCCUGGAUUCACCGAAGCCGACCUGCUUUCAUCUGUACUGAAAAGGCUGGGGGAGCUGGAAGAAAAGGUUGACGAGCUUCAAGCAAAGCCAUGUGAGAUGCCGACUGAGAAGGAAGAAUUGCUUAAUGCUGCUGUUCGUCGUGUUGAUGCAUUAGAAGCUGAGCUUAUCACGACCAAAAAGACUUUACAUGAAGCAUUAAUGAGGCAAGAGGAGCUACUUGCAUAUAUUGACCGUCAACAGAAUGCUAAGUUCCAGAAGAAGAACAAGAAGAUGGUAUGCUUUUGAAGUAAGAGUAACCUGAUGCCUGCGGCGAUUUUCCUUAUACAAUUCAUCUUUAUGAUGUAAAAAGGAAGAGAUUUAUGUGAUGUGAAUCUGCUGAGUAAAAAAACUUGCUAAGUUGCUAAUCUAAACCUGGCUUUGAUGCCUAUUUGGCUUUGUUGAAAAAUAAAAUUAAUGCCGUACUAUUGCAUUUUCUUCUGCUACAUUAGUCCCUGGUUGGGCAUCAGACUAAUUUUAAAUGUGCAUAUUACGAUAGUGGUUCGCUUUUGUUCA